UAGGUCAGUAGAAAAGGAAAGACCCCUGUAAAUGCAUCGAAGGUAGCGACUCUCUCUCUGUGUCUCUGAACGCAGUCCCUCCCUGGAACCCUAGAAAUCCUCGAACGUUGAAUUUGAAAGCUCUGUUAUUUCUCUGUUUCGGAGAAGGAAAGGGAAGUUUGGGUUUGAAAAUUGAGAGUCGAAAAAUGUCGUCUUUGAGCAGAGAAUUGGUGUUUCUCAUACUCCAAUUCCUGGAGGAGGAGAAGUUCAAAGAGUCCGUACACAGGCUUGAGAAAGAAUCAGGGUUCUUUUUCAACACAAAGUACUUUGAAGAGAAAGUUCAGGCUGGAGAAUGGGAUGAUGUAGAGAAGUACUUAUCAGGAUUUACAAAAGUUGAUGACAACAGAUACUCAAUGAAGAUAUUUUUUGAAAUAAGGAAGCAAAAAUAUCUUGAAGCACUUGAUCGGCAAGACAAGCCGAAGGCUGUUGAAAUCUUAGUUAAUGAUUUGAAAGUGUUCUCCACAUUUAAUGAAGAACUUUACAAAGAAAUCACGCAGCUUCUCACUCUGGGAAAUUUCAGGGAAAAUGAACAGCUUUCCAAGUACGGUGACACCAAAACAGCUCGCAGCAUAAUGUUGAUAGAGCUUAAGAAACUUAUAGAAGCAAAUCCCCUCUUUCGCGAUAAGCUUGUUUUUCCCACUCUGAAGGCAUCAAGACUGAGGACUCUGAUCAAUCAAAGUUUGAACUGGCAGCACCAGUUAUGCAAGAAUCCAAGACCAAACCCCGACAUCAAGACUUUGUUCACAGAUCAUACUUGUGCACCUUCCAAUGGUCCUCAUACUACUACACCCGUCACUCUUCCUGUUGCUGCAGUUGCAAAACCUGCUGCUUAUCCCUCACUUGGAGCUCAUGGUCCCUUUCCGGUCACUGCAGCCACUGCUAAUGCUAAUGCUUUAGCAGGUUGGAUGGUCAAUGCCUCAGUCUCUUCAUCCGUGCAAGCAGCAGUUGUUACUGCAUCAUCCAUCCCUGUUCCACAGAACCAAGCAGUUGCAAUCUUGAAACGUCCAAGAACACCUCCAGCAACCCCAGGUAUGGUUGAUUAUCAGAGUGCUGAUCAUGAACAACUUAUGAAACGAUUGCGACCUGCUCAAUCUAUUGGGGAGGUUAUAUAUCCAACAUCUAGACAGCAAGCUUCUUGGUCACCGGACGACCUACCCAGAACAGUGGCUUUUACCUUGCAUCAAGGAUCCAGUGUCACAAGCCUGGACUUUCAUCCGUCUAACCAUACAUUGUUGCUAGUUGGUUCUAAUAAUGGUGACAUUACUCUUUGGGAACUUCUGUUGCGUGAGAGGUUGGUUUCAAAGCCAUUCAAGAUAUGGGAUAUGACAACAUGUUCAUUGCAAUUUCAGGCCACAAUUGUCAAAGACACCCCGAUUUCUGUCAGCCGUGUUACGUGGAGUCCAGAUGGGAGCUUUGUGGGGGUUGCAUUUACCAAACAUUUGAUUCACUUGUAUGCUUAUCAUGGAUCUAAUGAUCUGCGCCAACAUGUGGAGGUUGACGCCCAUAAUGGUGCUGUGAAUGACUUAGCUUUUGCUUAUCCAAAUAAACAACUGUGUGUUGUGACAUGUGGAGAUGAUAAGCUAAUAAAGGUAUGGGAUUUAACAGGACGAAAACUAUAUAACUUUGAAGGUCAUGAUGCACCCGUCUAUUCAGUCUGUCCUCAUCACAAGGAGAACAUUCAGUUCAUAUUUUCAACUGCUAUUGAUGGAAAAAUAAAGGCCUGGCUGUAUGACAAUUUGGGUUCUAGAGUUGACUAUGAUGCUCCUGGCCAGUGGUGUACCACAAUGCUAUACAGUGCAGAUGGAAGUCGAUUGUUCUCUUGCGGAACAAGUAAAGAGGGAGAAUCAUUUCUAGUUGAAUGGAAUGAAAGUGAAGGAGCAAUAAAGAGAACAUAUUCUGGACUCAGAAAGAAAUCAGCAGGGGUUGUGCAGUUCGACACAACACAGAAUCAUUUUUUGGCUGUGGGUGAAGAUAGCCAAAUAAAGUUUUGGGAUAUGGACAAUAUCAACGUUCUGACUAGCACAGAUGCAGAGGGUGGACUUCCAAGCCAACCUCGCUUGAGAUUCAACAGGGAAGGAAAUCUUCUUGCAGUCACAACAGCAGACAACGGAUUCAAAAUACUUGCAAAUGCUGUUGGAGUUAAAACGCUGAAACUUAUGGAGUCCACCACAUCUUUUGAGGGACUAAGGCCUCCCAUUGAAUCUACUGUUAUCAAGGCAUCUGGCUCGCCGUCUGUUACAAAUGUUAGUGCGGUCAAUUGUAAAGUGGAAAGGAGCUCUCCUGUUAGGUCUACUCCAAUUCUUCUUGGAAUUGAUCACAUGAGUAGAAGUUUCGAAAAAAUGAGAAGUCUGGAGGAUGCAAUUGAUAAAUCCAAGAUCUGGCAGUUGACUGACAUUCAGGAUUCUGCACAGUGCCGGCUAGCUACAAUGCCCGACACAACAGAUACUUCCAGCAAGGUUAUUCGACUCCUGUACACAAAUUCUGGUACUGGCAUUUUGGCACUUGGGUCAAAUGGUGUGCAGAAGCUGUGGAAGUGGGUCCGUAAUGAACAAAAUCCAAGUGGAAAGGCCACUGCCAGUGUUGUUCCACAGCAUUGGCAACCGAACAGUGGUCUUCUUAUGACUAAUGAUGUCACAGGUGUUGACCUUGAAGAAGCAGUUCCAUGCAUAGCACUCUCAAAGAAUGACUCUUAUGUGAUGUCAGCUUGUGGUGGAAAGGUCUCAUUAUUUAACAUGAUGACAUUUAAGGUAAUGACAACAUUCAUGGCACCUCCUCCUGCAUCCACCUUCAUAGCUUUCCAUCCUCAGGAUAAUAACAUCAUAGCCAUUGGAAUGGAGGAUUCUACCAUCCAUAUUUACAAUGUUAGACUUGAUGAGGUGAGAUCAAAAAUGAAGGGUCAUCAGAAGCGGAUAACUGGUUUAGCUUUCUCAACCAAUCUUAAUAUACUCGUUUCGUCUGGUUCUGAUGCUCAACUGUGUGUGUGGAGCAUUGAUACAUGGGAGAAGAGGAAAUCAGUUGCAAUACAUAUACCUUCUGGAAAGGCACCUGCUGGUGACACUCGAGUGCAAUUCCAUUCUGACCAAAUUCGCUUGCUGGUGGUUCAUGACACGCAACUAGCCAUAUAUGAUGCCUCAAAGAUGGAUUGCAUCCGACAGUGGCUUCCACAAGAUGUACUUCCUGCACCCAUAUCUUAUGCAGCAUACUCCUGUAACAGUCAACUAGUAUAUGCUGCCUUUUCUGACAGUAACAUAGGGGUGUUCGACGCUGAUACCCUAAGACUUAGAUGCCGCAUUGCUCCAUCAGCAUACCUAUCCCAAGCAGUCUUGAAUGGAAGCCAAGCUGUGUACCCGCUUGUUGUUGCAGUACAUCCACAAGAACCCAACCAGUUUGCUGUCGGCUUGGGCGAUGGCUCUGUUAAAGUUAUUGAGCCCACCGAAUCAGAGGGGAGGUGGGGAUCGUCCCCACCUAUUGAGAACGGAACACUUAAUGGAAGAGCAGGAUCGUCGUCGACCACCAGCAACCACACGCACGAUCAAAUACAAAGACGAGAAUAGUUUUAAGUUCUUAGGACAUGUCCUGAGCUGUAAUUUCUCAGUAUAGAAUGUUAGGUUUUCAGUUGCUCAAUUGUCCCUUAUCAAAAGGAUAAGUUUGGAUGUAGGUUGAUAUGUGGAUAGAGACUAGGGACACAUUUAGUAGUUGUAACACAUAAUUCAGAGGCCAAGGAAAAUGGUCAUCUCACAAACGAA